CUGUUAAGCCAGUCAAGAGAGGGGCUCCGCUGUUCUGGCUGCUGAUUGGCUUACACGGGUGCCACUCGCAUAUUUCCGCGUUGCCAAUUGGCUCGUCUUGAUUUCAAACCGCCCACCGGCGUUUUAUAUAAAAUUAAACCACACAGUUCCAUCUUUCCUCGGCUCCUUGUAGUCAGUCGACCAGUCCACUCUCUCCCCCAUUCUGCUGAAAUGCCCGGUACAAGAGUCUUCUUCGAUGUCACCUCCGGCGGGUCGCCCUUAGGCCGCGUCGUGAUGGAGCUCCGUGACGACGUGGUUCCAAAGACCGCCGAGAACUUCAGAGCUCUAUGCACCGGUGAGAAGGGCUUCGGCUACAAGGGCUCCAGCUUCCACCGCAUCAUCCCCCAGUUCAUGUGCCAGGGCGGUGACUUCACCAACCACAAUGGAACCGGUGGAAAGUCCAUCUACGGCAACAAGUUCGCCGAUGAGAACUUCACCCUGAAGCACACCAUCCCCGGCACGCUGUCCAUGGCCAACGCCGGGCCCAACACCAACGGGUCCCAGUUCUUCAUCUGCACGGAGAAGACCGCAUGGCUGGAUGGGAAGCACGUGGUGUUCGGCACCGUGGUGGAGGGCAUGGACGUGGUGAGGAAGAUGGAAGCCACCGGCAGCCAGAGUGGAAAGACCUCGACUAAGGUGGCGAUCGCUGACUGUGGUCAGCUCUGAGCUCCAGCACUUAACUCCUGUAGCCACGCCUCCCCUGUAGGCUCCUCCCCUCUGCCAUUCAACAUUCCUGAGAGAUGGAGAAUCAAACGCCCCCCACACCACACACUGACCUUUUUUUUUUUUUAUUCUGUUGAGAACAUGUUGCUGCAUUUGUGACUUUUCCUUUAAGUUUCUUUCACAAUGUCCCAACAAGUCUUUUGUUAAGUCAAAAAAAAGAAUAGGAGAAUAAAACAGAAGUUGCCGUGACAACUAAAA